CGGCGGUGCAGGUGGAGCCCGAGCCCGCGGAGCCUCCGCGGGGCCCGGCCGGGGCCACCCCCGCUCCGCUGCCCCCGCCCAGGGACGCUCCGGCAUCGCCGCCGCCAGCCCAAGCUGCCGUGACCCCGUGCACCUCCCCGCGGGUGCCCCAGGCCGUCCCCAUGGACCUGCGCAUCGGGCAGCGCGUGGUCAAACCCCAGGACACGGCUCUGCUGGCCCUGAAGCAGCAGCAGCUGCAGCACCAGCUCUUCCUGGCCAGCCUGCACCAGCAGCAAGUGGAGCAGCUCGCCCACCAGCACGUCAGGGUGGCCAUGGAGUCCCCGCACCGCGAGGCUGAGCCGGGGCAGCAGGAGCAGGAGCUGCGGCAGAUCCUCAACAAGGACAAGAGCAAGCGGA